UGUACGUUCGUGCACGGGAUGUCGAGGAGAUGUAAAGAAAAAAGGAAAUGUAGCAAAAUUCUUUAAAACUAUAAAACAAUAUUAACUAAGUUAUUUACGAACAAACGUUCGAUUUAAUGUUUGCUUAAACCGAGUGACAAUUUGAGGAUAUGGCUUCUACCGGUAGUACACCAUUUCCGAAAUGGCAAUUGGCAAUCCUUCUCGGUGCACCUAUAGCUAUCGGCUUAGGUUACCUUUACCUAAGAAAUAGAUUAGAAGACCCAGAAAAGAAGAAAGCAUCAGAACUUAAAGCAAAAACGACAAUAUCUUUGGAUAAUGAAGAAAACACUACUAAGGUAUCCGAAAGUGCCAUAGAACGCGCCAUGAAACUAAAAGGUGCUGGUAACCGGGCUUUUCAUGCUGGAGAAUAUGACAAAGCCAUUGCUUUAUACAAUGAAGCAAUUGAAGCAUGCCCCCCAGACCGUCCUGUCGAUCUUGCUACAUUUUACCAAAACCGCUCUGCUUGUUAUGAAAAACGAGAAAUGUGGGAACAAGUUAAAGAAGAUUGCACUUUUGCAUUAAAACUUAACGAAAAGUAUGUAAAAGCAUUUCUGCGUCGAUCUCGUGCUGCGGAAAAAAGUGGCGAUCUUGUGCUUGCUCUUGAAGAUGUAACAUCUGCAUGUAUCCUCGAGAGAUUCCAAGUUCAGAGUUCCUUAGUAAAUGCUGAUCGUAUUCUUAAAGCAUUAGGCCGACAGCAUGCCCGAGAAGCACUUGCUAAACGCAGCCCAGUCAUGCCUUCAAAACAUUUUAUCAAAACAUACUUUUCUGCAUUCUCAGAGGACCCUAUUGCAAAAAUAAAAGUGGAUGAUGAAACUGAUGGAUUUGCUAAAGCUAGGAAAGCCCUUGACAAUUUAGAUUAUGAAUCAAUUGUUGAUGCUUGUACUGAAGAAAUAGAUGCAGAAGGAAUUUUUAAAAAUGAAGCUUUAUUGCUGCGUGCAACCUUUUACCUAUUGCUAGGUAGACAUGAAGAAGCUCAGGCAGAUCUUGGAAAAGUUAUUGAAAGUGAUGCUCCUACAAAAGUCAAAGUCAAUGCUUUCAUUAAACGAGCUUCACUUUUUACUCAGCUCGAAAAUACAGAACGUUGCUUAGAAGAUUUUGCUCAGGCCGCACAGCUAGAUCCUAACAAUUCUGACAUUUAUCAUCACCGAGGACAAGUGUAUUUAUUAUUAGAGAGAAUGGAUGAGGCAACUGCUGAAUUUGCUAAAGCUGUAGAACUUAAUCCAGAUUUUUCCAUUGCCUAUAUUCAAAAAUGUUAUGCUGACUAUAGACAUGCACAGAUUAAUAAGAAUGUUGGUGCUUUGGUUCAAGUCAGAGCAGAUUUUGAAAGUGCUUUGGAAAGAUUUCCUAGAUGUGCUGAAGCUUAUAUUUUGUAUGCACAAGUUUUGUCAGAUCAACAAGAGUGGGGUCGAGCUGAAGCAUUGUUUGAUGCUGCACUUGCUGUAGAUCCAAAUAAUGCUACUCUGUAUGUCCAUAAGGGACUUGUUCAAUUACAAAAGAGCACAGAUUUUGAUAAAGCUGUUAAAUUGAUAAAUAAAGCAAUCGAGAUGGAUGACAAAUGUGACUUUGCCUAUGAAACCUUGGGCACCAUUGAAGUACAAAGGGGAAACCUAAGAAGAUCACUAGAAUUGUUUGAAAAGGCCAUUGCAUUAGCUAAAACUGAACUAGAAAUGACUCAUUUGUUUUCAUUGAAAGAUGCAGCUGCAGCUCAGCUCAAGGUCUCCGAGCGUUGGGGUCUAGACUGGACAGUGAGCUAAACAGAUUCAAAAUAAGCUUUCCACAACCUUGACGAGAAUAUUAAGUUCAUUAAAUGUUCAUUUCAUAAGUGCCAGAGAUGUUCUCGUUGGUAGCUACAACACCAAGAAUAAUUCAGACUUGCCUAAAAAAUUCUUAUGUUGUUGUGCUUCAUAAAAAUAUAUUUUUUUUUCAAAUGUAUACUUUUAAAUUCAAAUAAAAUAAUAAUAAUUACUGAGCAGAAUGGACCCAUUCGAUAUUAGUUCAAUCAACAUUUAUGUUAUGGGACUAAUUUUUUUGAAUAGAAUAUUAAAAUAAACAAUAAAAAAUACUACCAGAAGGGCUGUUGCUCUGGUUCUUCUAAUUUUUAAUUAUGCUCUCAACCUCAGUGCUAUUAGCAUAGCAGUGUUUUUUCUUAAUACAAAACAUUCUUUUAUUCAUCAACAGUACAACAUGUAAUGAAGCAAAUUGGUAAUAUAUCACUUGUUGUAUUUAAGUAGACAUCUAUUUACUUUGUGCUUUGAGGAAUAAAAUUGUUUGUUUGCUACACUUGAAGAUUGGUAUUAUUAUUGUUGUCAUCUUUAUUUUGUAAUUCUUAACAUAAAAUUUUAGACGAUGAUAAUAAUAAUAAAUUUGUAUAAAAGAUAAAUAGAUUAAAUGAACCAACCUUUUAUUAAAAUGUUUUUACUAAUCUAUUUAUCUAAAAUGUAUGCUGUUAAAGAAAAAAAUGUUGUAUUAGUAGAUAUGGUAAAUUAUUAGUUAUUUGGACUGAAUUGUGUUUUUUUCAUAGGUCAAAGAUUUUUACUUCUCUAAAAUAUAUAUUGAAUAUUUUGACAUAUUUUAUGUACGAAAAUGGGAAGAAUGAAAUAUGAGGUACUAUGAAAAGAUCCACAUUAAAAAUAUUGAAAUUUCAAUCUUUUGGUCCUAGUAAUUUAGGCACUGUGGUUUCUAGGGAAUUUAAUAAUACAUUUUUGGGUAAUAGUUGUGCUUAAGAAAGAAUGUUUCUUUUAUCCCUAGUGCUGACUCAUCAUUAUCAAUUUGUUAUUGCUACAGCAAUUUAUAAAUUUUGAUGUUAAAGGGUAAAUUACUUAAAAGAUUUGUCGAGUUUGUGCAGCGGUGUGGUAUGCCUGUGGACAGAGCAUAUAAAAAUAUUUGCAUUUAAGUACUAUUGCCUUGUAUUGGACACAUUUAAUCUUAAUAUUAUGUUGAUUGUAUCGUUCUCGGUGUGUUUGAUUCCCGCAAAAUUCUUGGUUAGAUUGUAAAUUUAGAAUGUAGGUAGCUCACGAAGACGGUUUCGAGAGAGUUAUUACCUCACCGAUAGUGGUUAGAUACCAAUUUAUGAAAACUACGAAAUACAUUAUUUGAAGAAUUUA